CCUGGGCCAGGGCUUUCUGACUGGAUACUCGUGACGCCCUAACACGGCACACUCCCGGCCAAUCACCUUCGCCCUUUCAGAGCCAAUCACCCAUUCCUCCACAUCUCAGGGUAUUCAGAUGCCAGGACACUGAGGCUCUAAUCUAUGGAGCUCCAAGCCCUUUUCUUGCUGUUCUUCGGGGUGCAGGCUCUGCUGGAGACUCGGGCGGCCGUCCACUCCCUGCGCUACCUCCACAUCGCCGUGUCCCGGCCGGGCCACAGGGAGCCCCACUACACCUCGGUGGGCUUCGUGGACGACACGCUGUUCGUGAGCUUUGACAGCGACGCCGCCAAGCCGCGGGUGGAGCCGCGGGUGCCGUGGAUGGAUGGUGAGGGAACCGAGUACUGGGAGGCGCAGACACAGAUCGCCAGGGUCCACCAGCAGACUUUGCACUCGAACCUGCGCACCGCCCUGGACUACUACAACCAGAGCGAGCACGGCUCUCACAGCUUCCAGUGGACCUCGGGCUGCGACGUAGUGGGGCCGGACCUGCGCUUCCUCCGCGGAUAUGAGCAGUUCGCCUACGAUGGCGCCGACUACAUCGCCCUCAAUGAGGACCUGCGCUCCUGGACCGCAGCCGACACAGCGGCUCAGCUCACCAAGCGCAAGUGGGAGGCUCUGGGGUUCACCCAGCACUACAGGACCUACCUGCAAGGGGAGUGUGUGCAGCAGCUGCGCAGAUUCCUGGAGAUGGGCAAGGCUGCACUGCAGCGCGCAGACCUACCCACAGCACACAUAACCCACCACCCAAUAUCUGACCAGAAGGCCACCCUGAGGUGCUGGGCCCUCGGCUUCUACCCCAAGGACAUCACACUCACCUGGCAGCGUCAUGGAGAGGACCUGACCCAGGACACAGAGCUGAUAGAGACCAGGCCUGCAGGCGAUGGAACCUUCCAGAAGUGGGCAGCUGUGCUGGUGUCUGCUGGAGAGGAGCACAGAUACACUUGUCAGGUGUACCAUGAGGGGCUGCCUGAGCCCCUCACCCUGAGAUGGGAGCCUCCUCAGCCCACUGUGCCCGUGUGGGGAGUCAUCGCUGGCCUGGUCCUCCUGGCAGCUGUGCUCAUUGGAGCUGUGGUCACAGCUGUGGUGAUGAUAAGGAGAAAAAGAUCAGGUGGGAAAGGAGGAAACUACACUAAGGCUGCAGGUGGUGACAGUUCCCAGGGCUCUGACUGCUCUCUCACAGCCUGAAAGGUGCACCUGCUGCAGCUUCAUCCUUCCCUGUGCAGAUCUGAACAGCAAAUCAUUUUUUCCAAUUCCUCUCUGAGGUCUUGGUGAGAUAAU